AUGGCAUCCUCUGAUCAAAGACUUAAUGAUUUGUUGGCUCAAUUGCCUACGAUCGCCAAUAACAUGUACUCUGAAGAUGAGAAGGUUGUGUUUGAGGCUGUCAAGAAUGUUAGAGUUAUGUUAUCCUUCGAAUCGGCGCCACCCAUCCAACAGAUCAUCGAGGCUGGUCUAGUACCAAGGAUGAUACAGUUGGUUCAGUUUGGUGGAACUGAGUGUCAAUAUGAAGCAGGUUGGGCUUUAACAAAUAUCGCUUCUGGCAAUCCUCAACAAACAUUGGUCCUUGUACAGAGUGGCGCAAUUCCAAUCUUUGUAGAGAUGCUCAACUCACCAAUCAAGAAGGUUGCUGAGCAGGUACUUUGGUGUCUUGGAAAUAUAGCAGGUGAUUCGAUUGACCUGCGCAACCUUGUGUUGAACAACUUUGCAAUUGAAAACAUCAUCAAGCUCAUGCACAGGAACAUCCAAGAUGUGUCCCUGCUACGCAAUGUCGCAUGGACCUUUUCAAACUUCUGUCGUGGCAAGCCACAUCCAUCUAAACAACAUGUCGACCUUUUCCUUCCAUAUCUUGCCAAGUUCUUGGACGCCACUGACCAAGACAUAUUGGUGGACACAAUUUGGUCAUUCGCCUUCAUCACAGACACCACAUCAGAUUGGUUGAUCAAUGCCGUGAUUGAACUCAAUGUGAUACCCAGGAUCAUGAAAUACUUGGGAACCAACGAGUCGGUCAAACUGCUGGUGCCAUCACUGCGAUCAGUGGGCAACAUCCUCUCUGGGAACGACGUUCAGACACAAUAUAUCCUCAACCAUGGCGUCAUUGAAAGGUUCAAUGAGCUGGUCACUCAUCCCAAGGCCAACAUUCGCAAGGAGGUCGUGUGGUCCGUGUCCAACAUCACAUCUGGCACCAGACCACAGAUCCAAGCCAUCGUCGACUCUGGCAUCUUGAAGGAGCUGACAACCAGAGUGAUCGCCAAAAGGGAGCAACAAGAUUUGUUGAAGGAGAUCAUGUGGGCACUGGUCAAUGCCUCAACAGGAGGCUCAAUCACCCAGCUCGAGUACCUUGUCAACAUCAACACCAUUCAGAGUCUGAUGGUCGUGCUCCGAGAGCAGUACGCCAGCAUGUACUCUUUGGUAUUGGAAGGCUGCGCCAACCUUCUCAAUCAAGAUACCAACCUGCCCCAAUGCAACAUUGUUCGCACCUUUAUCGACGAAGACUUUAGAAGUGUGGUACAACAGAUACAGACAGAGCAGCCUGAGGAGAUAGAGAAGUUUGUUCAGAUGCUCAACAACCAAGACAUCAUGCUCAAAUUUUGGUCAUCUGAUGAUCCCUUGAUCGAGGGUCUCAACCAAAUGAACAUUGACCAG